AAGAAAUAUAAUUUUGGAUUUCUCUGUUUUUAAGGUAAUUAAAAGUCAAUUCUUUGCUUCUGUCCAACGUCCCUUUUGAAUCAACGGAGACAUUGAAGCAAUCGGCCAUGGAAGUAUCAUCAUCAACAUCGGAGGUUAUAGUGGAAGAAUGGAGUGGCUCAUCUUCCACCAAACUCUCCAGAACUGCCACCAUAACCGCGUUUCCUUCACUCUCUAUCCAAAGAUCCGGUAGCCGGUUCCACCAUCUUUGGCGGCGAAUUCUUGAAGCAUUUGUACCCGAGGGCUUUCCCAGCAGUGUAACUCCGGAUUACGUCUCUUUUCAAGUCUGGGAUUUACUCCAGGGUCUUUCUACUUACAUAAGGACCAUGCUUUCUACACAAGCUCUACUGAGUGCUAUUGGGGUCGGUGAGAAAUCGGCUACAGUAAUUGGUGCCACCUUUCAGUGGUUCUUGAGAGACCUAACUGGAAUGCUGGGAGGUAUCUUAUUCACAUUCUAUCAGGGCUCAAAUCUGGAUAGCAAUGCCAAAAUGUGGCGCUUAGUUGCAGACCUUAUGAAUGAUCUUGGAAUGUUGAUGGACCUUGUUUCACCUUUGUUUCCAUCAGCUUUUGUGUUUGUUGUUUGUUUAGGAAGCAUAUCAAGAUCAUUCACUGGUGUUGCAAGUGGAGCUACUAGAGCUGCUUUGACACAACAUUUUGCUCUUCAGAGUAAUGCUGCAGAUAUAUCUGCUAAGGAGGGAAGUCAAGAGACAGUGGCAACAAUGGUUGGUAUGGCGCUGGGUAUGCUUCUUGCUCGCAUUACUAUGGGACACCCACUAACUAUUUGGUUUUCAUUUUUGUCGCUCACCAUGUUCCAUAUGUAUGCAAACUACAUGGCUGUUCGGUGCCUUGCAUUAAAUUCUUUGAACCCUCAGAGGUGCUCAAUUCUUUUGCAGCAUUUUAUGAGAACUGGCCAAGUUCUCUCCCCUGAGCAGGUCUCUAAGAUGGAGCACAUUUUACCUGUAUGGGCAUCUUCAUGGAGCUCAAAGAAAACAGAGUUAAUACACGUGAGAGUAUCUUUAGGUGUCAGAGUAUCCUCACUAAAUCACCUGGAACUGAGGGACUUAUUACAUUUUGCGGGAUCUCAUUAUAAGAAAGCCAAGUACUUGCUAAUGGAGAGGAAAGGAAACAUCUGCAUUGUUAUGCACAAAGAUUCAACUGCCACAGAUGUCUUGCAGUCAUUUUUACAUGCAAAUGCUAUGGCAAAUCUUAUAGAUAAACACCGAAUUCUACAUUCUGAAAGCCAAACAUGGAUGGAUAAACACUAUGAAGAAUUUAUCCAGAAGUUAAAGGUAUCGGGUUGGAAAACAGAACGUCUUUUAUCACCUACAAUCGUCUGGAAGGCAAAUUGGAUCUGUGGGUCUUCAGAUGAGAAGAUUGACUAGGGAGGUUGCCAUUGAUGGGAUCUUGGUCAUCUGCCAAGAUAAACUGUUAGAUGGUGUACAACAACCACAGGAUUUUUAGAGCUGCUAUUCAUGAUUUCACCCUCAGUUCUGGCUACUUACCGGAAGAAGGGUCUCACCAUGUCUGUAUUGGAGCAGAUAAAUUUUCUCUGGGUGGCAAAAUGUUACACAUUAAUCUACGUUAUUCUACAAAAAAAGAAAAAAAUUUGGGUGACAAGAUGAAGUUUCUUUAUA